CGUUACUGUCACCCUCUCUCUCUCCCCUAAUUUGACCAAUCUCUGAAUCCCUCUCACUAUACUCAUCCUAAAUCAAGCUCUGCAUAGUCCAUAGCUUCCUACUAUCCACCCUCUCUUUCUCUCCAUGAUCUACGAUCCUUCCUCUGCGACUCAUUGAAACCGGGCGUUGUUUUUUCCAAUUUUCGGAAUCCAAACCCUAGCACGCUAAGCCAGCGAUUAUGAACCAGUACCACGUAUAUGAAGCCAUUGGCCGUGGCAAAUACUCGACUGUGUACAAAGGUCGGAAGAAGAAGACUAUCGAAUAUUUUGCUAUUAAGAGCGUUGAUAAAUCGCACAAGAAGAAGAUCCUUUACGAAGUUAGGAUUCUCCACUCUCUAGAUCACACUAACGUCUUGAAAUUUUACUCUUGGUAUGAAACUUCUGCUCACUUGUGGUUAGUUUUGGAAUAUUGUGUUGGCGGAGAUCUUAUGAGCUUACUGCGGCAGGAUGGCAAGCUACCUGAAGAUUCAAUUCAUGAUCUUGCCUAUGACCUUGUCAGCGCUUUGCAGUUCCUACAUUCAAAAGGAAUCAUCUAUUGUGAUUUAAAACCAUCAAACAUCCUACUAGAUGAGAAUGGACAUACAAAGCUAUGCGAUUUUGGGUUGGCAAGGAAACUGAGCGAUAUUUCUAAGAUUCCCUCUUCGGUGCUGCCACAAGCAAAACGUGGAACGCCUUGUUAUAUGGCUCCUGAGCUUUUUGAGGAUGGAGGUGUUCAUUCUUAUGCAUCUGAUUUUUGGGCCCUCGGUUGUGUUCUAUAUGAGUGUUACACAGGAAGGCCUCCUUUUGUGGGAAGUGAAUUUACGCAGCUUGUGAAAUCCAUCAUCUCAGAUCCAACUCCUCCUCUCCCUGAUGCUCCAACCCAUACUUUUGUCAAUCUAAUCAAUUCUCUCCUGGUAAAAGAUCCCGCUGAAAGAAUACGAUGGGCCGAAUUAUGUGGACAUGCUUUCUUGCAGGCUAAAAUCCAUCCUGUGCCUCUUCCUCCUCAGCCUGCUUUUGAUAAUAUGAUAGAGAGGUAUGCUAAGCCUUGUCUGCCAGAGCAUAAUGGAGAUAGAUCCUCCCAAAACAAGACCCCUCCUAGACAUCGGGAGAAAGAUAUGAAAGGUCCAACGAAACACAAUGAGAAUUCUGUGUUAGGAGCAAGAGGCAAUGUGACACCAGCUAAGGGUACAGCAAGUGGCAGAAAAAUUCAACACAAGGCUUCUGGAAAAGGAAUUGAGGACAAGCUGAGAGAUCCUUCCUGUGCAACUCAGCGUGUCAACGUAUUAAGAUUGUCAAGAAUAGCAAAAUCAAACUUACAGAAGGAAAAUGAGAGAGAAAACUACAGGAGGCCCUUGGCUAAUGGUUCUGAGAAUGAUGCCGAAGUCAAAAUUGAGAAUACUGAUAUGGAAUUGGAUUUUAGUGAAAACAUGGAGGAUGAAGCACAUGAUGAAAGUGAGGUGGCGGAUAACACAUCUAAUACUCCUGAAUGCAAAUCAUCAGGCCAAUAUCAGAAUCAAGGCAAAGUGGAUGAGGUGGAUGAUAACAUAAACCAGUUCGAUACCACACCUGUUAAUAUACCUGCUUCAGAUGAAUCUAGAACAAAUGAACAAGAGUCUUCCUCUGAGCAUGUGAAUUUGGCUACUAGUCCAUCCAGUGUCAGUCCUCAACUCAAAGCUCAGAUAAUUAAAGAAAGUUCAGGAUCAGUUGUUGAUUCUGAAACAUCAAAAUCGGCUAACAACCUUUCUCAGGUUCUUUGGCAUCCAUCUGAUAGUUCGGUCAGACCCGUGAUGCCCAAUAGAAAAGCUGAUAAAAUGUUGGAGGCAAUGCCUUCUCUUCCGUUUGAGGCACUACAAGCGUCUGAUUUUGUGAAGACGUCGAAGGACCAGCUGGGGUCACUCAACAACAAAAUCAUAGCCAUUUUCAGUAGGAACAGUAGUGUUGGGGAGAAGCAGAAUCUGAUAAGAUACCUUGAGAUGCUAAGUAACAAUGCAGAUGCGGCCAAUAUCUUGACCAAUGGGCCAAUAAUGCCAUUGCUUGUUAAAAUGCUUCGACUAUCCAAGACGUCGGCUUUACGUGUUCAACUUGCCUCAUUGAUUGGUUUGUUGAUUCGACAUUCGACUUUUAUUGAGGAUAACUUGGCAAAUUCUGGAAUUUUAGGGUCACUAUGUGAUGGCCUUAGAGACAAGCAAGAAAAAGUCAGGAGAUUUUCAAUGGCUGCUUUGGGUGAAUUGCUGUUUUAUAUAUCCACUCAGAAUGAGCAUGCUAGAGAGAAUCAUCCACUGGAAUCUCCAUCAAAGGAUAGCCGGUCUGCAAGUGGCUGGCAGGUUCCUAAUUCAUUGGUUUCAUUGGUAUCAUCAGUUUUGCGAAAAGGAGAGGAUGACAUAACUCAGCUCUAUGCAUUGAGGACAAUAGAAAAUAUCUGCAGCCAAGGAGGGCAGUGGGCUGCUCGUUUUACUAGCCAGGAUGUAAUUACUAACCUUUGUUACAUAUAUAGAGCUCCAGGAAAACAAGAGAGCAUAAGGCUUACUGCUGGAUCAUGUCUGGCUCGCCUUGUUCGUUUCAACCCCCCUAGCACUCAGUUAGUUGUAGAUAAACUUUCUUUCAAGGACGUAGCUUCUUCCCUUGUCAAGGGCAGUCCUCGUGAGCAGCAAAUUAGUUUGAACCUUCUAAGCAUGGCGUUGCUUGGGAGCCAUAUGUCCACCAAUUUAGGACGAUAUAUGCUACCCCUGGUGGAAGAUAAGAAUUUGGUCCCAUAUCUAGUGUCCCUUAUAGAGCAGGGAAGUGAAGUUUUGAGGGGAAAGGCACUUGUCUGUGUGGCUCUCCUUUGUAAGAAUGGAAGGCGGUGGCUGCCACACUUUUUUUGCAGUGCAAGGCUACUCUCUGCAGUGGACAGGCUUGUUAAAGAAAAGGACAGCCAUGUGCAACAGUGCCUCAACGCAUUUGUGCAUGUAGUGGCAUCUACAGUGCCCAUUUUAUUGGACACUAUAACUGGGGAUAUCCAACAAAUUAUGGGAGGAAGGCGGCAUGCACAGAUGCCUGCCCUGUCCAGUCGAGCUGCUCCAAAGACCAACAUUAAUGUAUUUCCUGUUGUUCUUCAUCUUCUUGGGAGCUCAUCCUUCAAGCACAGAUUGGUGAGUCAUCAGGUCCUGCAGCAGUUGGCGAAUUUGGUCAAAGUUGUGGAGACCACAUUUCAGGGUAGGGAUGAUUUCCAGAUAACACUUCUUCGAAUCCUUGAGUCUAUUUCUGAGGAUUCCCCUGUAAUUAUUGAUCACUCUGAGACUUUUAUACGAGAGAUUCUCCCCAGUUUGGCCAUUCUGUACAAGGACAACAAGGACGGUGAUGCCAGAUUUCUAUGCCUCAAAAUUUUAUUUGAUGUGAUGGUCAUAUUUUUGAAUGAACCUUUUGAAGAUGAGCAGAGAGUAGAAGCUUUGAAGGUUAUUGCCAAUAUUCAUUUCCUUCCUCUGUACCCCAUCUUCAUUGAAGAUGAAGAUCCCAUUCCUAUGUAUGCUCAGAAACUACUUGUUAUGCUCAUUGAGUUUGAUUAUAUCAAAAUUAGGGACAUUCUGCAUCUGAAGACAGUCCAACAAUGCUAUGAGUUUUUGCUUGGUGAUCUGUCAAGUGCAAAUGUGAAUAAUGUUAAGCUCUGUCUGGCUUUGGCAUCAGCUCCUGAAAUGGAAACCAACAUACUUUCUCAAUUGAAAGUUGUUAGAAGGAUAGGAAACCUGUUGGAGUUUGUAUAUGCAAAGGAUAUGGAAGAUUUUCUUGAGCCAACUCUAUGCCUGUGUAGAGCUUUCCUUCUACGUUCACUGGGCAGUAGAAAAGGAUUCAUCUACAGUAAAGAACCAAUGCUCUUAGAUCAUGGUUCUUCUGAAGCAAAGGGUGCAUUUGAUCAGCAGCAAUGCAUAAGAGAUAUUAUGGACUUUGGUGGCAAUGUUGGUGUCCUGCUGGAGUUGAGUGCAUCUCGUGAAGUAAAUGUCGCAGAUAUAGCUUCUGAAUGUGUGGUAUUGUUGCUUAAGGCAGCUCCAAGGGAAGCUGUAACUGGUUUCCUAACUAAUCUUCGGAAAGUUAAUGCCAUUCUCGAGUCCUGGUGCAGGGGCAUCCCUCACCUACUUUUGCAGCGGAUGCUGCAUGCUCUUGGUUAUUCAUGUCGGCAGUAUUUCUCACAUGCUAUGAUACUGUCGAUAUCUAAGUUGGAGAUUUCAAGGAUUGAAGCUAUUGUUUCUGAGUUGAAAACUUCAGAUAUACCUUUAGCCAGCGAUGCUUCUAUUGUGUCCUUGGAGUUACUGCGGCUGCCUCGCUGCAUAUGAAGUUGCUGAUGUUGUAUCAUGUUGUUUGGAAUUAAUUGAGGCUUACGAAAGGGCAUGAAAGCCUUAUAUUCAGCAUUUAGCUCUGUUACAAAGUAAGUUUUGCUUUAUCAAAGUUCAGGACAUUUUACCCUCCACACUACUUAGGAUUUGACUGCUUUGGUUUGCAAACAUACUGCAAAUGUGGCAGGAAGGUUUAUUCCACGACUUUGGCAUCUUCGCAGUGUCGUCCUCCUAGCAAUCUAUCUGUGGCAUUACCUCCUCCACUCCAUAUACCAGAAAUAAGAUGCCAAUGUUUUGGUUGCUCUUUGCUACUCAUAUCUUUCAU